CUUCCCUUACCCAGCAGCUGCGGCUCAUUCGGCUCACAAGCUCUGACCAGGGGAGCGGGCGGCAGCGACUCCGGCUCCUAAGAAGUGGAUCUGCUCGGGGCCGCCGCAAUGCCUGGAGCCGCCGGGGUCUUCUUGGUCCUGCUGCUCAGCGGAGGCCUCGGGGGCGGCCAGGCGCAGCGUCCGCAGCAGCAGCAGCAGCGGCGGCAGCCACCGGCGCAUCAGCAAAGAGGUUUAUUCCCUGCUGUCCUGAAUCUUGCUUCCAGUGCUCUCAUCACCACAAAUGCAACAUGUGGAGAAAAAGGACCUGAAAUGUAUUGCAAAUUGGUAGAGCACGUCCCUGGGCAGCCCGUGAGGAACCCUCAGUGUCGGAUCUGCCAUCAAAACAGCAGCAAUCCACACCUGAGACACCCGAUUACAAAUGCUAUUGAUGGAAAGAACACUUGGUGGCAGAGUCCCAGUAUUAAGAAUGGAAUCGAAUACCAUUAUGUGACAAUUACACUGGAUUUACAGCAGGUGUUCCAGAUUGCGUAUGUGAUUGUGAAAGCAGCUAAUUCCCCUCGGCCUGGAAACUGGAUUUUGGAACGCUCACUUGAUGAUGUUGAUUAUAAGCCCUGGCAGUAUCAUGCUGUGACGGACACAGAGUGCCUAACACUCUACAAUAUUCAUCCCCGCACUGGACCACCAUCAUACGCCAAAGACGAUGAGGUCAUCUGCACUUCAUUUUAUUCCAAGAUACACCCCUUAGAAAACGGAGAGAUUCACAUCUCUUUGAUCAAUGGGAGACCAAGUGCUGAUGAUCUGUCUCCUGAACUGCUGGAAUUUACCUCCGCCCGCUAUAUUCGCCUGAGAUUUCAGAGGAUCCGCACCUUGAAUGCCGAUUUGAUGAUGUUUGCUCACAAAGACCCAAGAGAAAUUGACCCCAUUGUCACACGAAGAUAUUACUACUCGGUCAAGGAUAUUUCAGUUGGAGGGAUGUGCAUCUGCUAUGGUCAUGCCAGGGCUUGUCUACUUGAUCCAGUGACAAAUAAAUCCCGCUGUGAAUGUGAGCAUAACACGUGUGGUGAUAGCUGUGAUCAGUGCUGUCCUGGAUUUCAUCAGAAACCGUGGAGAGCAGGCACUUUUCUGACCAAAACUGAAUGUGAAGCCUGCAAUUGUCAUGGGAAAGCUGAAGAAUGCUAUUAUGAUGAAAAUGUUGCCAGAAGAAAUCUGAGUUUAAAUAUACAUGGAAAGUACAUUGGAGGGGGUGUGUGCAUUAAUUGUACUGGAAACACUGCUGGCAUAAAUUGUGAGACAUGCAUUGAUGGUUUCUUCAGACCCAAAGGGAUAUCUCCAAAUUAUCCAAGACCAUGCCAGCCAUGCCAUUGUGACCCAGUUGGUUCCUUAAGUGAAGUCUGUGUCAAGGAUGCAAAACGUGCUCAGCGAGGUCUGGCACCUGGGUCCUGUCAUUGCAAACCUGGCUUCGGAGGGGUGAGCUGUGAUCGGUGUGCCAGGGGCUACACUGGCUACCCAGACUGCAAACCCUGUAAUUGCAGUGGUGCAGGGAGCACAAAUGAGGACCCUUGUUUUGGACCCUGUAACUGCAAGGAAAAUGUCGAAGGAGGAGACUGUAGUCGCUGCAAAUUCGGCUUCUUCAAUUUGCAAGAGGAUAAUCAUAGAGGUUGUGAUGAGUGCUUCUGUUCAGGGGUUUCAGACAGAUGUCAGAGCUCCUACUGGACCUAUGGCAAUAUACAAGACAUGAGUGGCUGGUAUCUGACUGACAUCUCUGGCCACAUUCGAGUGACUCCGCAGCAGGAUGACUUAGAUCCACAUCAGCAGAUCAGCAUCAGCAGCGUGAAGGCCCGACAAGCCCUGCCCCAGAGCUACUACUGGAGCGCGCCAGCUCUGUACCUGGGAAACAAACUCACAGCAGUUGGAGGACAAUUGACAUUUACUGUAUCAUACGACCUUGAAGAAGAGGAGGAAGAUACAGAACACGUACUCCAGCUUAUGCUCAUCUUAGAGGGAAAUGACUUGAGAAUCAGCACAGCCCAAGAUGAGGUGUAUCUGCAACCAUCUGAAGAACAUAUUAAUGUGUUGUCACUUAAAGAAGAUGUAUUUACCAUACAUGGCACAAAUUUCCCAGUCAGUAGGAAAGAGUUUAUGACCGUGCUUGCGAAUUUAAAGAGAGUCCUUAUACAAAUCACAUACAGCCUUGGGAUGGAUGCCAUCUUCAGGCUGAGCUCUGUUGGCCUUGAAUCUGCUGUCCCCUAUCCUACUGACAGAAGCAUUGCAGCAGCUGUGGAAGUUUGUCAAUGUCCAUCAGGGUAUACUGGCUCCUCCUGUGAAUCUUGUUGGCCUAGGCACAGACGAGUUAACGGCACUAUUUUUGGUGGCAUCUGUGAACCCUGUCAGUGCUUUGGUCACGCGGAAUCCUGUGAUGAUAUCACUGGAGAAUGCCUGAACUGUAAGGAUCACACUGGUGGCCUAUAUUGCAAUAAAUGUCUUCCUGGUUUCUAUGGUGAUCCUACUAAAGGAACCUCUGAUGACUGUCAGCCCUGUGCCUGUCCACUCAAUAUCCCAUCCAAUAACUUUAGCCCAACGUGCCAUUUGGACCGAAGUCUUGGCUUGAUCUGUGAUGAAUGCCCUGUCGGGUACAGAGGACCACACUGUGAGAGGUGUGCAGAAGGCUAUUUUGGACAACCUUCUCUACCUGGAGGAUCGUGUCAGCCAUGCCAGUGCAAUGACAACCUUGACUUCUCCAUCCCUGGCAGCUGUGACAGCUUGUCUGGCUCCUGUCUGAUAUGUAAGCCAGGUACAACAGGCCGGUACUGUGAGCUUUGUGCUGAUGGAUAUUUUGGAGACGCAGUUGAUGCAAAGAACUGUCAGCCUUGCCUCUGUAAUGCCAACGGCUCCUUCUCUGAGGUUUGCCAUGCUCAGACGGGACAGUGUGAAUGCAAACCUAACGUGCAGGGCCGGCAGUGUGAUGAAUGUAAGCCUGAAACCUUUGGCCUCCAAUCAGCAAGGGGGUGUAUUCCCUGCAACUGCAAUUCCUUUGGGUCUAAAUCAUUUGACUGCGACGAGAGUGGUCAAUGUUGGUGCCAGCCCGGAGUAACAGGAAAGAAAUGUGAUCGCUGUGCCCACGGCUAUUUCAACUUUCAAGAAGGAGGAUGCACAGCUUGUGACUGUUCCCAUCUGGGUAAUAAUUGUGACCCAAAGACUGGUCGAUGCAUUUGCCCACCCAAUACCAUUGGAGAGAAAUGUUCUAAAUGUGUACCUAAUACCUGGGGCCACAGCAUUACCACUGGUUGUAAGCCUUGUAACUGCAGCUCGGUGGGAUCCUUGGAUUUCCAAUGCAAUAUAAACACGGGGCAAUGCAACUGUCGUCCCAAAUUCUCUGGUGCAAAAUGUACAGAGUGCAAUCGAGGCCACUGGAGCUACCCUCACUGCAAUCCCUGUGACUGCUUCCUGCCAGGGACUGAUGACUCAACCUGUGAUUUAGAGACUAAAAAAUGCUCCUGUACUGAUAAGACUGGGCAGUGUACUUGUAAGGUGAAUGUGGAAGGCGUCCGCUGUGACAGGUGCCGGCUUGGCAAAUUCGGACUUGAGGCCAAGAACCCACUUGGCUGCAGCAGCUGCUAUUGCUUCGGCGCCACUACUCAGUGCUCUGAAGCAAAAGGACUGAUCCAUACGUGGGUGACUCUGAAGCCUGAGCAGACCAUUCUGCCCCUGGUGGAUGAGGCGCUGCAGCACACAACUACCAGAGGCAUCAUUUUUCAACAUCCAGAGAUUGUUGCACACAUGGAUCUGGUGAGACAAGAUCUCCAUUUGGAACCUUUUUAUUGGAAACUUCCAGAACAAUUUGAAGGAAAGAAGUUGAUGGCCUAUGGGGGCAAACUCAAGUACACAAUCUAUUUUGAGGCUCGGGAAGAGACAGGUUUCUCUACAUAUAACCCACAAGUUAUCAUUCGAGGUGGGACUCCUAGUCAUGUGAGAAUUAUCAUCAGGCAUAUGGCUGCUCCUUUAAUUGGCCAGUUGACAAGACAUGAAAUUGAAAUGACAGAGAAAAAAUGGAAAUAUUAUGGUGAUGAUCCUCGAAUCAGUAGAACUGUGACCCGUGAAGACUUCUUGGAUGUACUAUAUGAUAUCCAUUAUAUUCUUAUCAAGGCUACCUAUGGAAAUAUCAUGAGACAAAGCAGGAUUUCUGAAAUCUCAAUGGAGGUAGCUGAACCAGGACGCAUCACAGCAAUGACUCCUCCAGCUCACUUGAUAGAAAGAUGUGAUUGUCCCCCGGGCUAUUCUGGCUUGUCCUGUGAGGCAUGCAUGCCAGGAUUUUAUCGACUGCGUUCUGAGCCAGGUGGCCGUACCCCUGGACCAGCCCUGGGCACCUGUGUUCCAUGUCAGUGUCAUGGACACAGCAGCCUGUGUGACCCUGAAACCUCCAUAUGCCAGAAUUGUCAACAUCACACUGCUGGUGACUUCUGUGAACGAUGUGUUCUUGGAUAUUAUGGCAUUGUCAAGGGAUUGCCAGAUGACUGUCAGCAAUGUGCUUGCCCUCUGAUUUCUUCCAGCAACAAUUUCAGCCCUUCUUGUGUCACGGAAGGCCUGGAUGAUUACCGCUGCACAGCUUGCCCUCGAGAAUACGAAGGCCAGUACUGCGAACGGUGUGCCCCUGGCUAUACCGGCAGCCCAAGCAGCCCCGGAGGCUCCUGCCAAGAAUGUGAGUGUGACCCCCAUGGCUCACUGCCUGUCCCCUGUGACCCUGUCACAGGGAUCUGCACGUGCCGACCCGGAGCCACGGGGCAGAAGUGUGACGGCUGCAAACACUGGCAUGCGCGCGAGGGCAUGGAGUGUGUUUUUUGUGGAGAUGAAUGCACCGGCCUUCUUCUCGGUGACUUGGCUCGCCUGGAACAGAUGGCCACGAGCAUCAACCUCACUGGCCCACUGCCUGCUCCUUAUAAAAUUCUGUAUGGUCUUGAAAAUAUGACUCAGGAACUCAAGCAUUUGCUCUCACCUCAGCGGGCCCCAGAGAGGCUCAUUCAGUUGGCAGAAGGCAAUCUGAACACACUGGUGACAGAAAUGAAUGAACUUCUGACCAGGGCUACCAAAGUGACAGCAGAUGGCGAGCAAACUGGACAGGAUGCAGAGAGGACCAACACGAGAGCAAACUCCUUAGGAGAAUUCAUUAAGGACCUGGCCCAGCAGGCAGAAGCUGUAAAUGAAAAAGCUGUAAAACUAAAUGAAACUCUAGGAAUUCAAGACAAGGCCUUUGAGAGAAAUUUGCAAGAGCUUCAGAAUGAAGUUGAUAAGGUGAUGACAGAACUGAGGAGGAAAAAUCUAGACACACAAAAGGAAGUUGCUGAAGAUGAGUUGGUAGCUGCAGAAGCCCUUCUGAAGAAAGUGAAGAAGCUGUUUGGAGAAUCCCGAGGGAAAAAUGAAGAAAUGGAGAAGGAUCUCCGGGAGAAACUGGCAGACUACAAAAGCAAGGUUGAUGAUGCUUGGGACCUGUUGAGAGAAGCCACAGAUAAAAUCAAAGAAGCUAAUCGCUUAUCUGCAGAAAACCAGAAAAACAUGACUGCUUUGGAGAAAAAGAAGGAGGCUAUUGAAAGUGGCAAACAACAAACUGAGGACACUUUAAAAGAAGGCACUGACAUACUUGAUGAAGCCAACCGUCUUGCAGAUGAAAUCAACUCAGUCAUAGACUAUGUUGAAGACAUUCAAACUAAAUUGCCACCCCUGUCUGAGGAUCUGAAAGAUAAAAUAGAUGACCUCUCCCAAGAAAUAAAGGACAGGAAGCUUGCUGAGAAGGUGUCCCAGGCUGAGAGCCAUGCGGCUCAGUUAAAUGAUUCAUCUGCUGUCCUUGAUAGAAUCCUUGAUGAGGCCAAAAACAUCUCCUUCAAUGCCACUGCAGCCUUCAAAGCUUACAGCAAUAUUAAGGACUAUAUUGAUAAAGCUGAGAAAAUUGCCAAAGAAGCCAAAGAUCUUGCACAUGAAGCCACAGAACUGGCAACAGGUCCUCAGGGUUCAUUACAGGAAGGUGCCAAAGGCUCUCUUCAGAAAAGCUUCGGGUUUCUUAAUGAAGCCAAGAAGUUAGCAAAUGAUGUAAAAGAAAAUGAUGAACAUCUGAAUGGCUUGACAACCAGAUUAGACAAUGCCAAUGUCAGAAACAGGGAUCUCCUGAGAGCUCUGAAUGAUACUUUGGAAAAGUUAUCAGCCAUUCCAAAUGACACAGCCGCUAAACUGCAAGCUGUUAAGGACAAAGCAAGACAAGCCAACGACACAGCUAAAGAUGUACUGGCACAGAUUAAAGAUCUCCACCAGAAUCUUGAUGGCCUGAAGAAAAAUUACAAUCAACUGGCAGACAGCGUAGCCAAAACAAAUGCCGUGGUAAAAGAUCCUUCAAAGAACAUUGCAGAUGCAGAUGCCACUGUAAAAAAUCUAGAACAAGAAGCUGAUCGACUGAUAGAUAAACUCAAACCCAUCAAGGAACUUGAGGAUAACCUGAAGAAAAACAUCUCUGAGAUAAAAGAACUGAUAAACCAAGCCCGGAAGCAGGCCAAUUCUAUCAAAGUAUCUGUGUCUUCGGGAGGUGACUGCAUUCGAACAUACAAGCCAGAAAUCAAGAAAGGAAGCUACAAUAAUAUCAUUGUCAACGUAAAGACGGCUGUCGCGGACAACCUCCUUUUUUAUCUUGGAAGUGCCAAAUUUAUUGACUUUCUGGCUAUAGAGAUGCGUAAAGGCAAAGUAAGCUUCCUCUGGGAUGUUGGAUCCGGGGUUGGACGUGUCGAGUAUCCAGAUUUGACUAUUGAUGACUCAUAUUGGUACCGUAUUGAGGCAUCAAGAACUGGGAGAAAUGGAACAAUUUCCGUGAGAGCUCUGGAUGGACCCAAAGCCAGCAUUAUGCCCAGUACAUACCAUUCAGCGUCACCUCCAGGGUACACUAUUCUAGAUGUGGACGCAAACGCAAUGCUGUUUGUUGGUGGCUUGACUGGGAAAUUGAAGAAGGCUGAUGCUGUACGUGUGAUUACAUUCACUGGCUGUAUGGGAGAAGCAUACUUUGACAGCAAACCUAUAGGGUUGUGGAAUUUCCGAGAAAUAGAAGGUGACUGCAAAGGAUGUACCGUCAGUCCGCAGGUAGAAGAUAGUGAGGGGACUAUUCAGUUUGAUGGAGAAGGCUAUGCAUUAGUCAGCCGCCCCAUUCGUUGGUACCCCAACAUCUCUACUGUCAUGUUCAAGUUCAGGACAUUUUCUUCAAAUGCUCUCCUGAUGUACCUUGCCACACGAGACCUGAAAGAUUUCAUGAGUGUAGAGCUCACUGAUGGGCACAUAAAAGUCAGCUAUGAUCUGGGUUCAGGAAUGGCUUCCGUUGUCAGCAAUCAAAACCAUAAUGAUGGGAAAUGGAAAUCAUUCACCUUGUCAAGAACUCAAAAACAAGCCAACAUAUCAAUUGUAGAUAUAGAUACUAACCAGGAGGAGAACAUAGCAACUUCAUCUCCUGGAAACAACUUCGGUCUUGACUUGAAAGCAGAUGACAAAAUAUAUUUUGGUGGUCUACCAACACUGAGAAAUUUGAGGCCGGAAGUAAAUUUGAAGAAAUAUUCUGGCUGCCUCAGAGAUAUUGAAAUUUCAAGAACUCCAUAUAAUAUACUUAGCAGCCCUGAUUAUGUUGGUGUUACCAAAGGAUGUUCACUGGAGAACGUUUACACAGUUAGCUUCCCGAAGCCUGGUUUUGUAGAGCUGUCCCCUGUGCCUAUUGAUGUAGGAACAGAAAUCAACCUGUCCUUCAGCACCAAGAAUGAGUCUGGUAUUAUUCUCUUGGGAAGUGGAGGGACACCAGCGCCACCUAGGAGAAAACGAAGGCAAACUGGACAGGCCUAUUAUGCGAUAUUCCUGAACAAGGGUCGUCUGGAAGUGCAUCUCUCCACAGGGGCACGAACAAUGAGGAAAAUUGCCGUCAAACCAGAGCCGAGUCUGUUUCACGACGGGAGAGAACAUUCUGUUCAUGUAGAGAGAACUAGAGGCAUCUUUACUGUUCAAGUGGAUGAAGACAGAAGGCAUGUGCAAAAUCUGACAGUAGAACAGGCGAUAGAAGUUAAAAAGCUUUUCGUCGGUGGUGCUCCACCUGAAUUUCAACCUUCCCCGCUCAGAAAUAUUCCUCCUUUUGAAGGCUGCAUAUGGAACCUCGUUAUAAACUCUGUCCCUAUGGACUUUGCACAGCCUGUAUCCUUCAAAAAUGCAGACAUCGGUCGCUGUGCCCAUCAGAAACCACCCGAGGAUGAAGAUGGAGCAGUUCCAGCUGAAACAGUUAUCCAGCCAGAGCCCGUUCCCACCCCAGCCGUACCUGCACCCACCCCAGUUCUGGCACAUGCUCCUUGUGCUGCAGAAUCGGAACCAGCUCUCCUGAUAGGGAGCAAACAGUUUGGACUUUCGAGAAACAGUCACAUUGCAAUUGCAUUUGAUGACACCAAAGUUAAAAACCGUCUCACCAUUGAAUUUGAAGUGCGAACCGAAGCUGAAUCAGGCUUGCUCUUUUACAUGGCCCGGAUCAAUCAUGCUGAUUUUGCUACAGUUCAGCUGAGAAAUGGAUUGCCCUACUUCAGUUAUGACUUGGGAAGUGGUGACACCAACACCAUGAUCCCCACCAAAAUCAAUGAUGGCCAUUGGCACAAGAUUAAGAUUAUUCGAAUUAAGCAAGAAGGAAUUAUUUACGUAGACGGUGCCUCCAACAGAACCAUCAGUCCCAAGAAAGCUGAUAUUCUGGAUGUUGUGGGAAUGCUGUAUAUUGGCGGGCUACCCAUUAACUACACUACCCGAAGAAUUGGUCCAGUGACCUACAGCAUUGAUGGCUGCAUCAGGAAUCUUCAGAUGGCAGAAGCCCCUGCCGAUCUUGAACAGCCAACCUCCAGCUACCGUGUCGGGACGUGUUUUGCAAAUGCUCAGAAAGGAACGUAUUUUGACGGAACGGGUUUUGCCAAAGCAGUUGAUGGGUUCAAAGUAGGAUUGGACCUUCUUGUAGAAUUUGAAUUCCGCACAACUAGAACCACUGGAGUUCUUCUGGGAAUCAGCAGCCAGAAAAUGGAUGGAAUGGGUAUUGAAAUGAUCGCUGAAAAGCUUAUGUUUCAUGUGGACAAUGGCGCCGGCCGAUUCACUGCUGUCUAUGAUGCUGGGAUCCCAGGGCAUUUGUGUGACGGACAGUGGCAUAAAGUCACGGCCAACAAGGUCAAGCACCGAAUCGAGCUGACAGUAGAUGGGAACCAGGUGGAAGCCCAGAGCCCAAAUCGAGCAUCUACAUCCGCUGAUACAAAUGACCCCGUGUUUGUUGGAGGGUUCCCAGAGGGCCUCAACCAGUUUGGCCUGACAACCAACAUUCGUUUCCGAGGUUGCAUCCGAUCCCUAAGGCUCACCAAAGGCACGGGAAAGCCAUUGGAGGUGAAUUUCGCCAAGGCCCUGGAACUAAGGGGUGUUCAACCUGUAUCAUGCCCAGCCAACUAAUAAAAAUAAGUUCAACUCCAAGAAGCGUCCUCCAAAACAACCGUAUCAAGUAAAACAAAUGUAUUUUACUUAUGUAUGUUAUUAAAACUAAUUUGUGCAUGCGUAUUAAAUUCCUUCUGUAUUCUGAUGGUGCUAAUUCAGACCCCAGACUGAAUUUUAAUUCAAGUUCUUUCUCAAGUCCAUAAAUAUUAAACCAUUUACUGCAUUCUAAAUAAUUGCUUGUUUUGCGUGAUUUUAAGGAUAAAAGGCAACUGAUCAUAAAUUGUUGAAUUUGCAACAUGCCCUGGAGUCAUCUCAAGAAGAGCUCAGAUGUAAUUUGUGAAGGCAACACUUUUUUUACUAACUCCUAUUAAUACUUCUGUCAUCCUUUUUCCAUGUACGUCAGCUUUGGCUUUCUUUCGGGCCACUGAAAACACAGUGGGUUUCGGAUGCGGGAUGGGAGGAAAUGAGCUCCCUUUCCCCGUGUUUGCGAAAAGCAUUAGCAAGUCAUUUCCCUGAUCCAGAUUCAUUAUUGGAGGAUUUAACUAGCUACAUGAAUGGAUACCUUUUUAGGCUUAAGGUGGAGAGUAUAGAUCAGAUUCAGGCCAGAGAGCUUAAUUACUUGAUUUGUUUGUUUGAUGAUGACUUAUAGGCUUUGGGGAGACACCAGAACCAAGCUCCAGAAUGACAAUUUAGCACACAUUUGAUACUACAGUACUGAGGCUCUGGACUCUUUAAGUUUCCAGUGACUAUCACAAUCUACAGAGGAAAAUCACAGAGGAAUAAUGCUGAAAUGCGGUUUUUACCUAUGAGGAAACAACAAAGCUGAAACUUAAAAGGCAUACACCAUUGGGUCUUUUUGAGUUGUAAUUUAACCUAACAAAUUAAUGUCCUAAAAAAACUGCUGUGUUUUCUCCUUCUUUUACCCACUAUUUCAAUCAUCUUCAAAGGGAUCUGGGAGAAGACAGGCCUAGAUUUUAUUCAUCAACUUAAGGAAACGUUUCAUUUGCCACCUGCAGUAGAAAUAGUUGUAGUCUAAUAAUGCUGAACAUUUCAAGGAAUAGAUUUUCCUCACAGUGGUAAUUUUAGCAAAAGAAGAAUAAUCAUCUCUGACAGUGUUAUCCACAGGGGAAAAGGAGGUGCUGUUUCUAAUCAAGGAGAUGGCUAACACACUCUUAGCAUUUCAUCACUGGCCAGUUGCUUGACCCAAUUUGUCCACACAACUUCAUUCUAGAGCAAGCAGUUCUCAGCCCUGGCUCCAUUUUGUAAUUACCAGGCAAGCUUUCAAAGAACUGGUGCCUGGUCCAGCGAUUCUGAUAGCCUAAGCAUGAAGAUUUUUAAAAAGCUUCCCAGGCAAUUCUGAAGGGCCAUCAGGAUUGAGACCCACUGUUCUAAGAGAAAAGGUAUCCACUGUGGCAACAAAGAAUUGUGGAGUCAUUUGAAAAAUCUGCUGUUAAUUUUGUCUUGGCCAUUUUCACACACAGAAGAAAAUAAUGUAAUAUUGUAUCUAGUUAAUGCCUUUUGACCAACCUCUAAGCAAUAAAAUCCUUUGAAAACCAA